CCCAUGCAGAUGGAGGCGGAUGGACGUCAGUGACGUCAUUAGCUCCGAUCGUCGAGUGGAGUCGAGGAAGGUUUGUUUUGGUGGAAAAGUCGAAAUAUGGCUCGUCUAAUGGAUAAUAUAAUAUUUUAAUUAAUUCCUUUGAAUAAAAACUCUUAAUUGUUUUUAUUCUCUUCAACAAGAUAUUCUUUAAUGGCGGCUGCUAGUCGAAAAUUAUCAACUUCUGGAGAUUCAUUGUAUUUGAUAUUGGGUCUGCCAAAAACUGCUACUCAAGAUGAAGUAAAAAAAACAUACAGGAGGUUAGCUCUUAAAUAUCAUCCAGAUAAAAAUCCAAAUGAUCCUGCAGCAGCUGAGAAGUUUAAAGAGAUUAAUCGAGCACAUAGCAUUUUGAGUGAUUUAACUAAAAGAAAUAUAUAUGACAAUUAUGGAUCUUUGGGAUUGUACAUAGCUGAACAAUUUGGAGAAGAAAAUGUCAAUACUUAUUUUGUACUUACAAGUGGAUGGUGCAAGGCUCUCUUUAUAUUUUGUGGCAUAAUCACAGGAUGUUAUCUAUGUUGUUGUUUUUGCUGUUGCUGUAAUUUCUGCUGUGGAAAAUGCAAACCAAGACCACCAGAAGAGACGGGCGAUUACUGUAACUUAAAGAAUCAACAAGGAAUCCAGUUUCCUAGUCAGAAUGCUACUACUAACAAGACGGGUAGGUCAAAGGUGAGCUGUCUAGGUAGUUUUUUCCUAUAACAAUCAGCAAAUAUUAAAUAAAAUCUUCUUUCAUGGACAUUUUGACAGAUAUUAAAUGAUUUUAUAAAGUAUAAUUCUUUAAAAAUAAAAAUCUGUAAUAUUUUUGGUCAAAUCUAGCCAUCUAGUUACUAUGUAAAAUAAUUAACCACUUCUAAUUUUUAGUCUUUAUGAAAUAUUUAAGUUUCAAUUAAAACACCUUGUUUUAAAUCUUUUCUUUCUUAAUAAAAUGAACAUAAUAUAAAAAACUGCUUGUUCAAUACAUACUACUAAAUUAUAUACAAUAACAGAUGUGCCAUCAAUACUGAGAAUUUCCAGAUGACAGCUAAUCCUUGAACAUACUAUUGGGUGUGACAGCCAAAUUAUAACUGAACAAAAAAAAUACUCCUUUCAAAACUCAAUAAAUAUAAAACUGUUUUAUUACGAUAGAUAUAUGAGAGUCUCAAAUGAUUUUA